AUGUGGUUAAGGUGUUGGCUGGCGAGGCUGACCGCUAAGGAAGCAGCUGAACUUGAUUCUUUUCGAGUGGACGUCGAGGUACGUACCAGCUCUGAUGAGAUAAGCACCACAACGAAGGAAGGCCAUCCUCAAGCGGCGCAGGAGCGACGUUUAGCGUCGCCCGGGGUGUUCUACGCCACGAACGGCGCCGCUUGUUUCCAAUGA